AUGCGCGGAAGCGGAUCAUGUGCCGGUGCUAAGAGGAAGAUCUGUAUUGUUUAAAAAGAAACGCCGACGUGCACUUUUCAGUCUAGCAAUCUAGGCUACGGUUUCGCGCGUCAGGGUAACAACCGCAACAACGGCAUGUGCGAUCCCGGACUCUGCGCGCGACCCACUCUAAGUCAAGGAUCGCAGGUGUUUCGCUGCCGCGCGCUAUGUCUGUGUCAACCGUGCCCCGUGUCGCGCUACGAACUUCAAACAGCUGCUGUUUAAAUCAGAAGCAGUCCAGGCAGCGCGGAUGCUGAGCGUUGGAAGCGACACGACGCAUAAUCGCAUCGUUUCGGAAGGAGGACAGCAUGGGCACCGUGGUGGAGUCGAUCCUCACGUACGCGUACCUCACCGUCUUGUACUUCUUACAGGGCGUCCCGUACGGCGUCCAAGACAAGCUCUUGCCCCAGCACCUCAGGUCUAACAGGUUCUCCUACAGCAAGCUCACCCUCGCUCGCGUCUUACUCGUACCGUGGCUCUGCAAGCCCCUGUUCGCGUCUUACAUCGAGAAGCGAUGGACUCAGAAGCGCUGGCUCCAGGUGUUCCUCGGCGUCAUGACGGCGGUCACCUGGCUGUCGUCCUACUUCGGCGACAACGUCUGGUCCUUCGUCGGGACCCUGUUCUUGCUGAACGUGGUCUCGGCGUCGUUCGACAUCUCCGUCGACAUCGUGGCGAUGGACGUGCUCCAGGGGUCCCAGCUGUCCCUGGGAAGCGCCGUUCAAGUCGGGGCCUACAAAGUGGGCGCCAUAUUCGGAGGAGGAGUUCUCUUCCUGCUGCAACUUCUUGCCGGAGUGAAGGGCAUUCUUCGGGGCAUGUCCGUUGUGUACGCCCUCGGACUCUGCAUCGUCACGUUACGGAGUGACCCCCAAGAGAGGCCCGGCUCAGGAUCCGAAGCAGGUUCCGCGGAGGAAGCUGGGGGAGACGGCGUCACACGCGCCGACGUCCAGUCGCGCGAAGGUUUGCGUCGCCGCAAGGGUGAAUCGGGGAAACUGCUCGAUGGUAGCGAAUCGCCUUCACGAGACGCCAAGACUGAUGAGACGGUACCGGCGUCAUUGCUGGAGAGAUUGAAGAGGGCAGUUUCGGUUGACGGCACUUGGGGCCUUGUUGUGUUCUUGAUCUUCUACAAGGCUGGCGAAUACGGCAUCCUGACCACAUACCCUUCGUUUCUACUGGACCGUGGCUAUUCCUAUUUCGUGGUCGGCUUCCUUAAUGGUGGGCUGGCGCAAGUUAUAUCCAUCCUAGGAUCUCUCAUUGGAGGUUACAUGGCACGGUCCAGAAGGAGUCAGAAGAGCCUUCUUAUGAAGCUGUGCAUCGCCCGUGUUUUACCUGCUGCCCUCAUAUGCAUCACUAAUACACGACUUUUUGGUCGCCCAAAGAACGUUUAUUUCGGAGUCGCGGGCAUGCUGACACUCAACCUGGUGAGCGGCAUGAUCACCACCGUGGUCUUCACCAUGAUGAUGAGCAUGUCGCAGACCCUGCCCAGGGGCCUCCGGUCCACCCACUUCUCCUUCCUGUGCACCGUCGAAGUGGUCGGCAAACUGGCCGCCUCCAUUUUGGUCGGCCCGUGCAUCGACGUGGUGGGCAAGACGCCCACAUACUUUGUCAUGACGGCACUCGCUGUAGCCAGCAUCGCCACCAUCAGGCUUCUCAAGUGAUGAACGCUCACUGAACGAGGGCCGUUUGAUUCUUGGAAUUACUGAAAGUGAUGGAGGGGAGGGGUGUGUGUGUGGGUUGCGUAUUUUAGAUUUUAACAGUUGCACUUGUCCAAAUGAAUCCAACAGACAACACAAGAAAAGUAUAAGGGGCAGUAAUUGUCUUUGACUUUAGCUUAGUAAUGAUGACAUAAGGGGCGCAGCUCCUUAAAGCGGCACCCGUUCGUUCAUCGAUGUAGUCCUAGUCGCAGUCGUAGUGUGUAACCAGUAUACUUACCUGUUUGUGAGCUCUGCCAGAGCCGCAAAGAGCCUUCUUCUCUACCAGCCGGAUACCCUUUAAACCGAUCGAGGUUUCCACUCAACCUUUUCGGGGCGAAGCUCCCCAAAGCAGCACCCGUUCGUUCUUCGUAGUAGUCAUAAAUUGAAACAUUUACGAAAAAUAACCCGUUUUGUUGGCGGGAUUUGAACUCCCCAACUUCGAAUUACGCAUCUGGAUUCAGAUCCCACUCAAGGAAAGAGUUAUUUUUUGUGCACUUUUAAAUAAUUUAGUUUACAUCGUCAUUACUAUACUACAGCUGAAAGGAAUUAUUAGUGUCACGAUGCUUUCCUUGGCCAAACUGUUUGCUGGGUGCAUUUGGUCGUGUCCAACCAAGAUUGAGCCCCUUGGGAAAAGUUCCCCGUUAACUGUUUGACUUGUUACAGUAGUAGUAGUGUACAUGCCAAGAGUAAUGGAAAAAGUGAAGAUAGCCUGAAAACUAUCAAAGUGGCCGUUUUCACCAAAAUGCACGAGUAAAUUAAGUUUUCUUUUUGUUACAAUGAACUUCUUCGCAAAAAGUAGUUGAUGUAUUUUUCUAGGGGGCGGCACUCUUUCAGUGCAGAUAACGUGUUGCCUUUCGCUGAUAAGUGUUACUAUACUUCGGGUACAAGAUUUUCUUCAAUAAUUUUGACGUACUUUCAUAGAAACUGCGUCCUGUUACAUCAGUACUUUAUGAGUGAUAAAAUUCUCUUUAAUAUUAAAGUGUUAAAUAUCUUAUUGCAAUAUGAACAGUUGGCAAGUUUCCUGGGCACAACUGUGCAAUCACCGAGUUCGGCAGGAAGAUACAAUGUUCAUUGUGUUUAAUACGAAAUCAACUGCCAGCACUUUUUAAAGGUAUUGUACUGAGCGAUUUACCUUUUGAGGCAAAAUACGCGUAUGUUGUUGCAGUGUUGAGAGUGAUCACCUUAUUUUAACGUUCGCCCAUAACUAGGUAUGCGUUCCAUAAUCUAACAUUGUUGAUGCUGGCUGUUAAAAUUUUAAGUUUUUUUUUAUUUUAAAGGACAUUGCCAUGUAGUAUUGAUUCAGAUCACUUGCACUUAUGUGAAGUUAGUCUGAAGGUUAGUCUACAAAAACUUUCUGAUGGACUGUUUUUGUUAGUGUUGCCAGUGCGUCUUGCGGAUUGUGUUUACAGUAUACGUAGGAAGAUAUGAGCAUAUCGACAAUAAGGUUGCCAUGCGGAAAGUUUUUGUGCAGUCAUGAAAAAUUAUCAUGACGGUUGUUUAGAUCUUGCACUGUAUUCAAGUGAGAACUCUUUUAAAAAAUUGUGAUCUGGUGCCACCAAAGUGUCCUUUCGCGUGGUCAUUCACAAGUGAAUGAACUGCUUUAUAUGUCCGUACGUUAUUGUGGCAACUUUCCGUGGUCAUUGACAAUCUGUUCAACACUUGUAGUACAAAAAAUUUUUCAGAAGCACACGUACAUAUUUCUUUCUCGAAUAAAGUUAUGUAUAAAAUUAAAUAGAAUUGUUAAAGUAGACAAAGAAAAAAGAUGUGCAGUAGGUGAAUAACGAGUUUACUCGAUUUACAUGUUGAGAUGUACAGGUUCAGUCUUUAAUUGAAGAGUUAACUCGCAUUACAUUCAGUGAAAUCACUGGGUGUAAAUGGUUUUAACGUGGCGAAUAGCUUAACCUUCUCGCUUAUCUUUCACAAAGCAAUUCUUCACAGGUGAUGACGGCAUGCUUAAUUAAAAAAGUAUGAAAUGUAAUCCCAUUUGAGGCCACAGUCUUUAGCAAUUCGUAUUUUGUGCACCCAUGGCUGCCCUCCAAAUUACAUUAUCAUGGUGUUGUGUGCCAAUCUGAGAGAUGUCGUCGAUUUCCAAUCGCAUUUAGUUCGUUGCCAUGGCUACUCCCUACAGAUUCAAUUUUGUUUGAUGAUGGCCUGAAAACAAUGUCCAUGUGCAGUGCUCAAGUUUUUUUCAAUGUGCCCUAACUGCACACUGUGCAUUUGUAGUUUUGUAUCUGUGUUCUCCAGUAGCUUAAGCUGCAGGUUGUUGUACUGUCUAGGGAAUGCAGAUGUGAAAACUGUGGCAUGUCAAAUGAUUGGAACGCUGGUUUUACUCUGCAUGGUCUGUGAGUCUUAUGAAACACUCUGCUCUUCUUCACUGCAUACGAGUUUAAAUGUGAUUUCUAAGGGGACCAUCAAUCUAUGUUUAAUGUCAAUUCUUAAUAAUUAAGUGAUUCAGCAUGUAGUUUGACGGCCGUCACGUGACAUUUAAAGUAUUUACACUAGUAUCAACAUUUUUGACAGUACAGAGUCAUUGCAUGCAGUGUUACACGACAUUCUGUCGUGAUUUAAAAUAUUAGUUUGACUUUUACUCCUAACGUCUGAUUUUGAUACUAUCAAAAUGUACCACACACAUUUCCUUUUACUGGCGAGUUUGAGACACAUCUUGGUUGCUGAGGCCUUUAAAACUUUCAAAAAGUAGUGGUUCUGGUUAUCAACAGAGUUCCGAGAAAUUUUGAAAGUUCUAGGAAGAUCCUGUUAUGAGUGCUGUGGUAAAGGGAUGUACGUAUGGGAAUUGAUGGAACAGUAAUGCACUACAGUUUUAGUUAAUGUCGGCCAUGCUUGUUGAGGCAGCUCUUGUAUAAAACCUGCUAUGUUUAUUUGCGAAAAAUUGCAUUUUCCCAGCAGCUAUUUUGCAAACUUCUUUUUGCCCGAGCGUGUAUAGAAAUUAUCUGGCUGAGGAGGAGUGGAAUGAAUAGCGACAGUCUUGUUGAAAUCGGCCAGCUCAUCAAGUCCCAUUGCAUACAUGAACCACAUUAAACCCCCUUCCUUCUAUUUUUUAGCCGCUACAUUUAUACAAGGCCGUGGGUCAAAAAUAGUGCUUUCUGAAAAUGGCUUCUUUGUGAUGCCGGCAACCAGUGUGCAAUAAUCCAGAGCUCUUUUGAACUGAUGUUGAAGAUAGAACUUUGAGAUUAUUUUCGAAAGAGAUUCAGUGCUGUUGAGGAUCAAAUUAUAUUGAUGGUUGUGGUGGCAAAAGCUCACCAAAGCUUUUUCUGUUGUACCAAAUGUUAUACCUUUUGAAAGUAUUUUGUUGUCAUUUACAACGGCUGUUUUAGAACACCCGUGGGCAUAUAUCCUAUGUAAGAUGAUGUAACACCGUCCUUUAACUAUCACGGUAAAUCAACGUCGAAUAUGUAAACAUCACUAAGACACAACUUUGAACAAGUACCAUUAGCCAGUGAUUGUUUACAUUGUGCUGCCUAAUGAAAUCAUUCCAGUCUCUGUGGCAGCUGAGGGAGCAGCACAGA